AUAUUUCGCCUUUUUUAGACUGAACCAAGACUAUGCCAACGGGGAUUCCCCAUCGCGCUGAAUGACCUCGACGCCUUUUUCAAAGCGUUUGGCUGGUCAUAAUGCACGUAUGCAUGUUGUCUGGCGUGACACGCUUUGAACACGAGAAUAACCCGGUGGGAGAAAAUACGAGAUGGAGAGUCAAUCAUCAAAGCCGAGACCAGUUACGAUAGGCAUCUGUACAUCAGCGUUAAAGUCCAACAUCGAGGCUUUUAUAAACAAAGUCAAAAGUUUCCCCAAUGUAGCAGUUAAAUUUAUUCAGCUACCAUACAAUGAUCUAGACAGUUUUCGGCUUUCAAGUGAAGGACUUGAUGGUGUGAUCCUUUGUCAUUCUAUCAACAAUCGUCGUUUUGCAAUCACAGACGUCAUGGAUGCUCUCUAUGACAAGUUCUUGCAUCAUGUUCAAAAUAAAUUUGGAAAGGAAAACGUGUGUGUUAUUGCACAUGACUUUCCAUGGCCCAUGGGGCCAACUGGCUCCGCAAAUCACACAAAGGUCAAGGAAACUUAUAUGGACAGCUUCCAGAGAAAUCAGUCUACAACCUUUAAGUGUUCUAAACUGGCCAUCAUCUGUGGUAGUCUGGAUAAACAUGUGGAGGUGGAUGAAACAGAUUGGAAACAUCUUCAAAACUUCGUUCUACAAUGUCGUGUUACGCGGAGCUGGAUUGUCCAUGUCUUGUCAACAUCUCUAAGUAUGAUCAUGAAGGUAAUCGAGAGAUAUCUCCCUUGCCUCCAUCGUAUGUUAAUGCACAUUUACCAGGCCGCUCAAAUUGUUUUCAGUCCAGUCCAUGAUGACGACCUUCCCACAGUUCAGAGAUCCAGAGAAGCCCAAACUAGAAUCGAUAUAUCAUGUAUACGAAUCAUUGAAUGUAUACUUCUUCUGUUGUGCACUCCUGUCAUCAUUAUGUGCAUGUUUGUAGAUUGUAUUUUUCAGCGGAUAUACCCUAAUGAUUCAGUCCAUUCACUGUUAAGGUCAUUCAAGAAAGAUGUUAUUAACAAAACCCUAGAAUCUGCAACCCACAAAGGUCUGUGCUGGAAUGUGAUCUGCAUACCCUUAAACUUAACUUACAAUUUCUGUUCAUUCAUCAUGGUGAAAUGCGUAGACUGCUUCGGCUCUGUUUGUCAAUAUCUUGGAAAUAAAACAACCACCUUCAUCGGGUUGUUGAUGAGAGAAAAGUAGUAUUAACCGAGCGUGCAUUGUAAAGCUAAAUAUUUCAAUAUUCCAUCACUGACAUCAUGAUACACAGAAUAUUCAUCCAAUUUGGCACCUCGAAUUUUCAAAUAUUUAUCCCAAACAUCUUUUUUUUCAAAUGUUUUCCCAAACUUUUUUUUAUUAUGUGUAUAGAUUUUUCAUCAAAAUGUACUACAUCCAAUGAUAUACCCGAAUCAAUCUCUGUAUUUCUGAUAAGCUUCACUUAGAAGAUUAUGGGGUGGCUACUUGUAGAAUAUAUUAUAGUUUAUGGCUACAUGUCCAGACUACAUGUAGAAUUAUAUAUCACAAAAGAAAAUAGUACAUUUAUCGAUUUCCUAUAUCGUCUUGACUUUUGCAAUGCACUUCUGUUUAAUUUACCCCAGAAACAAGCUUCAAAAUGCUAUAGCUCGUGUCUUCUCACUAUAUCAAGUAAACGCUCACAUACACACUCUAACAUUAUUACUCAUUUUUUUUUAAAUAAUUCCCUGCACUGGCUGCCUAAUUUGCCUAUAAAUCAUUUUUUAAAUUCAAAUUGUUGCUCGCUUUUCAUUGCAUUCAUGGAUUAGCACACCAACACAUUUCUUAUAAUAAACUAUGGAACUAUUAUGUAAGUCUCAUUGUUCUUCGACAUCCAGUUCCCUUCUAGUUUCAAACGUUUAAAAAAACUUUGGGGGUAAUCUCUUUUUGAGUCCUUCAACGCAUUCCUAAUUAUUUCUGAAUUAUUUAUGCGCCUUGAUCACUCUACAGAGUGGAUUUGGCGCUUUAUCAAUACAAUCCCAAUCAGCCGCUCUCAAAGUAUAGUAUAUGUAUGACCAAGAAAAUGGCAAGUCAUUUGGUAAUUUGUUUAUCGGUUAAACGUAAAAAUUAUCUAUUUUCAUCUUUUAAAAAACAUUGAUACGCAUGCACAGUCCCAUAAAUCUACAUAUAAAAAAGUGAUAAACUCACAACGUAUUGAUCAUAUUUAUCAUAAUAACUGCUGGCUGGGAUUGAACCUACUUCACUUUGAUGUUUCAAAUAUCACUUAGUCACAACCUGAAUAAUAGUUUAUAUAACAUGUGUAUUAUCCUAUCAUCCUUGUUCUGCUCCUUGUUGUUGUUGUUUGGUUUUUAACGGCGCUCUCAUUCAAAAUAUAAUAUAAGCGCCGAUUAGAAUUAAUCUAUCUUUUAAAAAACUUGUUUAUUUUAUUAUUUUCAGUAGAAAAGACCUUCUUACGUAAUAGUAUAUAUAUAUAUAUAUAUAUAUAUAUAUAUAUAUAUAUAUAUAUAUUAUAUAUAUAUAAUAUGUACAAUUGUGUACCCGUCCAUGUAUGUGUAGGUCUACGCCAUCUUGCCUGCAUGAAAGUAUUGUUGUAAAUACCACUUUCUCCAGUCCUUGUUAUGCUUUCUACAAGUUUAUCCGGAAGUUUAUGUGAUCAUUAAUGAUGUUGAAUAUGUUAAACCGGAUGAAAAUAAAUGUUUGUUUCAAUUGA